AUGCCACCACGAGCGCGCGGUCCCCAGCGAGGCGCGGAUACAAUUCGCAUUCUCGUGGCCACGGAUAGCCAUGUCGGAUACAACGAGCGCGAUGCGGUGCGAAAAGACGAUAGCUGGAGGACCUUCGACGAGGUCAUGUGCCUCGCCAAAGAGCACGAUGUCGACAUGGUGCUGCACGCCGGCGAUCUCUUCCACGAGAACAAGCCGUCGCGCAAGUCCAUGUUCCAGGUCAUGCGGUCGCUGCGCAUGAACUGUCUGGGCGAGAAGCCGUGUGAGCUGGAGAUGCUGAGCGAUGCGAGCGAGAAUUUUGGCGGCAUGUUCGACCACGUCAAUUACGAGGACGAGGAUAUCAACAUUGCGAUACCGGUUUUCGCUAUCCAUGGCAAUCACGACGAUCCGUCGGGCGAGGGUUCGUAUUCUCCGCUUGAUCUGCUGCAGGCGUCUGGGUUCGUCAACUACUUUGGGCGCACGCCCGAAGUAGACAAGAUAGCCAUCAAGCCGGUGCUGCUCCAGAAAGGCGGGACCAAGCUUGCUCUGUAUGGACUGAGCAAUGUCCGAGACGAGCGGUUAUUCCACACCUGGCGGGACGGCAACGUCAAGUUCUUUCAGCCCGGUACGCAAAAGAACGAGUGGUUCAAUCUCAUGAGCGUCCACCAGAAUCACCAUGCCCACACGCCGACGAGCUACCUGCCUGAAAACUUUCUUCCAGACUUCAUGGAUCUUGUUGUGUGGGGUCAUGAGCAUGAGUGUUUGAUCGACCCACGGUACAACCCUGAGAUGGGCUUUCAUGUUAUGCAACCUGGCUCGUCGGUCGCGACGUCUCUGAUGCCAGGCGAGGCUGUGCCGAAACAUGUAUGCAUUCUUAGCGUCACCGGCAAGGAGUUUACAACCGAGAACAUACGGCUGAAGACUGUACGGCCGUUUAUCAUGAAAGAGAUUGUUUUGGCGGAAGAGCGGGAAAUCAAACAAAAGGAACUCUGGCGUAUUAGCGAUAACCGUGCAAAGAUUACUCAGUAUCUCAAUCGCGUCAUUGAAGACCUGAUUGACGAGGCGAAACGGGACUGGCUCGAGCUCCAGACAGAUCGUGGCGAAGGAGAUGAUCUCGAAGUCCCGCUGCCAUUGGUACGACUGCGCGUCGAGUAUACUGCUCCCGCCCCCGGCGAGUUCCAUUGCGAGAAUCCACAGCGCAUCUCGAAUCGCUUCAUGGGCAAGGUAGCGAAUGUCAAUGAUGUAGUCCAGUUUCAUCGGAAGAAAAAACAAACAACCCGAGCUUUGAAGAACAACGCCGACGAGCCAGACGAACAGCUGUUGGCUGAACUAUCAAUUGACACGAUCAAGGUGGACAAACUAGUCAAGGAAUUUCUCACCGCGCAGACCUUGACGAUCCUGCCGCAGAAUUCAUUCGGAGACGCCGUAUCACAGUUUGUCGACAAAGACGACAAGCACGCCAUGGAGACUUUUGUCAAGGAGAGUCUGACAAACCAACUAAAGCAUUUGAUGGAAGCCAAUGAAGUCGAGGAAGAAGAAAUCGUCAAGGAGAUGACAGAGUACCGCGAGCAGCUUGAAGACUUGUUUGCCUCAGGACAGCUCAAGAGGGUACGCAAGUCCAAGGUCAAGCCCAAGCCGGAUGGCUGGGAUAGUGAUUUCGAGGGCCCUUGGGUUGACCAACCCGGUGCUCUCAUUCGCUCCGAUGACGAGCAAGAGAAGGACGAGGACGAGAAUCUUGCUUCUAUCCCUACCAAGAAGGCUGCCGCACGUGGCCGUGGCAAGGCGACUGGUACAACUCGGCAAACAGCUGCAGCUCCGAAGAAGGCUGCGCCAGCAGCAAAGAGCAGUCGAGGCAAGAAGAAGGUAGUAGAGGAAGAAGAGGAAGAGGACGACGACAAUGACGUUAUAAUGAUUGAUGACGACGACGAUGAAGACAGCGCAGAAGACCUAUUCGUAGCAUCCCAAAAGAAGGCGCCUGCAAAGAAACCAGCUGCGAGGACCACGAAAGCACCCGCACGUGCAAAGUCGCCAGUCAAGAAGACAACAACUACUACCACGCGAGCGAAAGCGCCGGCGACACAGACAAAGUUGAACUUUUCCCAGGCGUCGACACCGCGCAGCCAGCCAACGCGACCGGCUGCGUCGCGCGGAAAACAUGUUGCACAGGAGCCUAGCGAUGACGAGAUCGAGUCUGAUGAUGCGUUUGAAGCAGCGCCUCCUUCAAGUGCCCGUCCUACGCGCAGGAGGUAGGUUAUUGUUAUUUGUGUCAGGGUGGUAUAGUAAGGGUAAUCGAGGGAGUGUGCGGGAAAAUAGUGGUCUCUGUAGGCCGGUGUGCCAUAUGGAGCGCUCCACAUACAACAUAGCGAAGGCGUUUGGGAGUUACUGAUGAGGAUAUUACAUCUAGCUUGUGGACACGAUAGGCGGAUGAGC